UUGCUCCCUUUCUGACAGCAGCACCCUAACCUAAGCUUGUGCUAGUUCCGCUGCCAGCAAACCCUAGGUCAGGUGUCUGAGGUCAACAAUCCCAAUUGUGUCUGGAGUUGAGUUAUUUUCGAGGAAUGCUAUCUAGAGACGUUUGAUGCUCGUGCUUUGAAUGCUCCGGUAUUACAAACUCGUAGCGCUUUGGAGAUAGCACUCAGCGUGCCUCAGCGACUCUCUGAAUUGCGUCCCAAUUCCAUGCGGCUUCCAUUGUAUUUAGCUGACCUGAUGCCGAGUAGAUGAUUUGAUGCUGACCGUGCUGCUGGCAUGUGUUCGAAUCCGGCACCUAGAGUAGUCCGUUGAGUGCUACGGCGUAAUAGGCUGGUUCUAUGGGCUGUGCGGGAUCGAAGCCCAAGGACGAUACGCCUCCUCCCCGGCGGAGAGAUGCAACAGAGGAGGCCGUUCCCGCGCCGAAAGUUGCGCCGGACGAUUUUUCAGAUAAUGGACCGUUGCUAGCUCAGAGCCCGAAGAUUAAAGCCCAAAGCGGCCUAUCAGAACCCUGUAGAUCUGACAAGUCCUCAACGGCAGCACCGACAGACCAGUUGCUAUCACGAGACGAUGGACCAGCAGCAGACUCCCAGCGGUCAAAUCCACCGACACAGGGGGUUACCGGGUUACCACCAGGCGCACCAACCGGGUUACAUGGGUUACCAGGUACACACGCGCAGGAGCGGCCACCGUCUCAAAGCGAGUUGCCAGCAGUAGUGCCGUCACCGGGACCCACGGGAGCGCGGAUUGCGGCGCAGACGUUCACGUUCCGAGAGCUGGAGCGAGCGACGGGCGGAUUUUCCGAGAAGAACUUCAUUGGAGAGGGCGGGUUUGGCCGCGUGUACAAAGGCUGGCUGGAGUCUACAGGGCAGGUGGUAGCAGUGAAGCAGUUGGACCGGAACGGAGUGCAGGGCAACCGGGAGUUUCUGGUGGAGGUGCUCAUGCUCAGCCUGCUGCAUCAUCCGAAUCUUGUGAACCUCAUUGGGUACUGCGCGGACGGCGAUCAACGGCUGCUGGUGUACGAGUUCAUGCCACGUGGCGCGCUGGAGGACCAUCUGCAUGACAUCCCUGAGGGCAAGGCGUCCCUAGACUGGAACAUCCGCAUGCGCGUGGCGGCGGGGGCGGCCAAGGGCCUGGAGUACCUGCACGAGGAGGCGAGUCCGCCGGUGAUCUACCGCGACUUCAAGUCCUCCAACAUCCUGCUCGACGACCACUGGCAUCCCAAACUCUCUGACUUCGGGCUGGCGAAACUCGGGCCCGUGGGGGACAAGACGCACGUUUCGACUAGGGUGAUGGGGACGUAUGGGUACUGCGCGCCCGAGUAUGCUAUGACGGGGCAGCUGACGGUUAAGAGCGAUGUGUAUAGUUUCGGAGUGGUGCUGCUGGAGCUGAUUACCGGGCGGAAGGCGAUUGACAGCUCGAGGCCGCAUGGAGAGCACAACCUCGUUGCUUGGGCACGGCCUCUCUUCAAGGACCGGCGGAAGUUUCCAGCCAUGGCGGACCCCCUGCUGCAGGGCCGCUACCCCAUGCGCGGGCUGUACCAGGCGCUGGCUGUGGCCGCCAUGUGCCUGCAGGAGCAGGCGAGCCAGCGGCCCAUGAUCCACGACGUGGUUACCGCACUCAACUACUUAUCGUCGCAGGCAUAUGACCCCAUAAACAACCCCCAACCAAGCACGCCUGGGAGAUACACGCCCGGCACCACCCCUCUACACGAGAAGAAAGGCUCCCGCUCCCCCCGUGUCCGCAACCUGCAAUCCCCUCGAGAUUCUCCCCAGCAGCAGCAGAGACAGGGCGGGUCCCAGGGAGGCAACCACCACCACCAGCAUCGGUCUAGAGGGGAGAGGGACAGAGAGCGAGGGAGGGAGCGAGAGGGGGAUGAGAGAGGGAGGCAGCAGCAGGGGCAGCAGCAGAGGGGGGAGCGGCAAGGGAGGGGGUAUCGUGAGAGCCCAGGGAGAGCAGGCAGCAGGGGAAGCGGGGGGGGAGAGAGCCCCGGGCAAAGGGUGACACCUAGGGGAAGCAGUAGUAUUGGGGGAGGGGGAGGAGGGGGAGGUGGAGGAGGGGAGCAUCAGAGCAGAGGGUCAUCCGGACGAGGGUUGGUGAGUCCGGGAAGGUCGGAUUCAGGCAAGGAGAGACGGGCAGGGGGAGGAGGAGGUGUAGGGCAGCAGAAUGGGCUCGGAGAGGCGAAUUGGGCCUAGUGCUUGAGCUGCUGACUCGAGGAGAAAGAGGAGGAUGUAAGGGUCGUAGAGGGUCGACGGCAGCAGCAGCAGCAGCAGCAGCAGCGGCAGUACAGGGGUUGAGGAUCAGGACUGGGUGGAAUCAGCUGGAGAGCUUGUGAGCUCGGGUUUUGAAGUGUCAUGAACCGUGUAUGGCUAUGUGGCGAGGGACUGUGGAUGUGGCAAGAGUGAAUGUGUGUGAGAGCAUGGGGUGAGGUGACGCGAUGGAAGAUCGGUGCAUCAAGGUGGUUUGGAUAUGAUUGCAACUGUAAUUGGCCUUUGAGCUCGAAGGUGGAAAGCGUAACGCCCAGGUUGGGAAAUGUGGGCAAGAGAUGUGCUUUGCUUGCAAUGUUUUUCCAUGUGCUAACAUUUGCCUUUUCCUCCGUUUUUAUUAGUUAUGUAAGGAACGUGCAAUAUGUUUGAUAUGUAACAGUGUAGUCUUAUAAUGGAGUCGUAUGG